GCCUUGUAUGCGGUAACUCGACCAAUUUCGUGGCUGCUGUUCUGUCAACUGCAGCUAUUAUUUGGCUUAUUCCAUCGUUAUUUAUUAUUAGCAGAAUCAUCUUCGCAGUCGGAGCUGGAAUUUCAAUGAAUAGCUUAGUGUUACUACUACAGGAGUCGGCCCCGGUAUCGUUACGCGGACUUAUGUCAUUCAAUGCCGAAAUGGCUUUUGUCGUGACAAACAUGCUUGGUGCACUCGCUGGUAUGGGCAGCGUGUUAGGAACAAAGCUCGGCUGGCUUGUUGGGUUGGCAUGUAUUCCAGCCAUGUUCUCAAUUUUGAUGGCUCUUUACUUCCAUGACUCUCCACGAUUCCUUCUUGUAAAGAGGAAGAAAAGAAAAAUGGCAGAAGAAUCUGUCGAAUUUUAUCAUGGCAUUGGUGAGCAUUUCUCUUCAUCACACAAACAGCAUCUCACAAGAAAUCCACGAUGA